GGGCGGAGACUGUGCACAGGCCUCAUUACUCCUGGAGCGUCCCUCCCAAAGAGGCGGAGCGACGGAUGCAUCGAGAAAGUGUCAACAACAUGCCGGAGUCUUCCACAGAAACAGAAACUGAGGAGGGGAAGAGGGACAGACAACAAAGAGAUGAAGCAACACUUUCGUCUCACAACGUCGUGUCUGUAAUAUCUCAGUUCGCAGAUGAUAAUUUAACCCUUGUGCGGAACAUGAGCACUGGACUGGCCAUUGCUGGUGUGAUUGUAAUAGCAAGGAGUAUCAAACUGAUGACCAAAUUUCAAGCUGUAUGCCAGAUCCCUUCUCGUUUUAUUGAGAGGAACGUCAGCCUUCGUGGGAAAGUUCAUUCCAUCACAGAGAGAGGACUCGAAGUGGAGCAUGUCCCAAUUUAUCUGCCAGUUCUCUCUCCAUUACUUUCAAAGCACAAGGAUGUGUCCACAGGACCUUUGCUGGUGCGUCUUGCAGGAGUGGAGCUGACACCAGAGGGACGAGUGUGGCUGCAGCAGAAUGUGGCUCCUGCACAAACAGUGUGGCUGAAACUUGUCAGCCGAGAGGACAACACACUGCACUGUCUGGUAUCUCAAAGCAGAGGGUCGUUAUGGAGCUACUGUUUGAACGAAGAGGUCCUCAGACUCGGCCUGGCUCGGACUGCGCCCAUCGCUGGAGUCCUGCCUGACUCUCGCCUCUAUUGGCAUCUGCACAAACGGCUGCACAAAGCAGAGGUGAAAGCUGAGAGGAAGGGUCGGGGUCUGUGGAAGGAGGACAGCCUGUGGGAGAGGACUUCCACGGCUGUUAGGGAUAGUGCUUUAUUCAGACUGAUGAGGAGGAUCUUUAAAAGGACUUGAAGUGACCGAUUAAUCAAAGACAGAAUCCUAAAAAAGGAGUUAUUUGGUUGCAAGAUCCAAUAUACUCAAAAGUGGCAAUUUAUUUAUUUUUUUUGUUAUUUAAGGGCACGAAUCCCUACUGUUAAUGAAGUUUGUGCACUUGUCAUAUCUUAGCACAACAAAGCAACACAGGAGUUCAGAAAUCUUGAAAAAAACCUGAAAAAUAAUCCAUUGUGUCAGAUUAUUUUUCUUAGACAAUGAUAUUGCAAAAAGCAGAGACUAUUUUUUUCUACCCUAAAUCCCUUAUUACACCUGUUGCAAAGGUUUACUCUUACUGUGCUGCCCAGUCUCCAGAAGUUAGAAAUGAUUAAAAAAAGGUGGUUAAAAGCUUUGUCUCAAAUCCUGAUACUAAUCCCUGAGCUUUCAUUACCCAUUAAACCAAAGCUGAACACAG